AUGAUACCCGAAUUUUGCGUGUUUUAUGGUGUUUUAACUUUUUCUUGGAUAGAAUUCCUAUGGGAACAGUACUUAACGCUAAGACAGAGACGUGUAUAUAAAACUACAGACAAAAUACCUGAAAGAUUAACUGGUGUACUAGAUGUGGAAACAUUUAACAAGGCAAAGUCGUAUGGUAUCGACAAAAAUAGCUUUAGUAUUGCUGAAGAAUGGUUUCAUAUGAUAAUUUCAACUGGUUUCAUCUGUUUGAAUGGAUUCACAUUGUUAUGGAAUUUCAGCAAAUAUUGUUUGAUUGAGACUCGUUAUUAUGAUAGUGAAAUCAUGACCAGUUGCGUAUUCCUUCUAUGUAUGAAUACCUUGGGUACACUAAUGUCUUUGCCAAUCUCAGCAUAUAGCACUUUUAUUAUUGAGGAAAAACAUGGAUUCAACAAACAAAAUUUAAAUUUCUUCGUUAAAGACAAGAUUAAGAACUUUUUACUGGUUCAAGUGAUUUCAUUACCAAUAACUGCGGCAGCAAUAACUAUUGUUAAAUGGGGUGGACGUUAUUUCUUUAUCUGGCUGUGGGUAUUUGCUGUAGUAACUUCAUUGUUUAUCAUGACAGUGUAUCCAGAAUUUAUUGCUCCAUUGUUUGACAAAUAUACACCAUUACCUGAUGGUGUUUUGAAGACAAAAAUUGAAGAGCUUGCAAAACAAGUCAAAUUCCCUCUUUACAAAAUUUAUAUUGUAGAAGGUUCUAAGCGAUCAGCUCAUAGCAAUGCAUAUUUUUAUGGAUUUUUCAAUAACAAACGUAUUGUGUUGUAUGAUACAUUAUUGAAAGAUAGCAAAGAUAUUAUGAAUAACAAAACAAUAAUAGACGAAAAUUCUCAAGGUGAUAAAAUCGAAGAAAAAGGAAAAGGGAUGAAUGAUGAGGAAAUUUUGGCAGUCUUAGGUCAUGAACUUGGUCAUUGGAAACUAAACCAUAUUUUAUUUUAUCUUAUAAUAUCUCAGGUAAAUUUAUUUGUUAUGUUAUUUGUCUUUGGAUGGUUGUAUGACCAUUCAAUGUUAUACCGAGCAUUUGGAUUUUAUGAGUCAGCCCAUCCAGUUAUCAUUGGUCUAGCAAUUAUUUUUCAAUAUGUGUUUUCUCCAUACAACACUGUUAUAUCAUUUGCUAUGACUACACUUAGUAGACAAUUGGAGUUUCAAGCUGAUGGUUUCGCUAAAAAGCUUGGACUUGCAAAGCCACUUGAAUCUGGAUUAAUACGUUUACACAAUGAUAACUUAGGAUUUCCAGUUUAUGAUUCCCUAUUCUCAGCAUGGCAUCAUACUCAUCCUCAACUAUUGGAAAGAUUGGAAGCAAUCUCUAAGACAGACUGA